AUGUUACAACACGCUCAAAUGUCACAUGCCUUUCAAUCAACGGCUGCCGGCGGUCGAACAUACCAAAUCUCGAAGUUGCCGGAGCUCGAUUAUGCUGUCAACGUGACGAUAUUCCGCGACAUCUUGGAGCUGGAUGAUGAAGACGAACAAUAUUUCACGCGCUCCUUGGUAUGCGACUUCUUUACACUCGCACAACGGACUUUCUUGGAAAUGGAUGCAUGCUUAGAAUCCCAAGAUGUCAAGCAACUAUGGAGCAAAGCACAAUUCCUUAGAGGUCCCAGUGCAACACUAGGCAUCUACAAGGUCGAAUCCACCUGUGCGCGAAUUGAGCAAAUGACAGCAGUCACCGACACAUUCCAGACCGAGGGCGAUUCAAAACAAACUCUGUGCAACUCUGCCAGGAUCCUAUUAGACCAGGCCCAGCAAUAUUUCGCAGAGGCAGAGCACGCCUUACGGCACUUCUAUGGAAUGGAUUGA